AUGGGAGUGGAGGCACAGUGCUCCUGGGCAGCAGCAUCCAGAUCGGGACCAUGCUCUGAGUGCCCUCCUGCCUCUGGCAAAACCAAAUCCUCCAGCAUUGACACACUGGAGGGAAGGGAUGGCAUCCAGAGGGACCUGGACGUGGUGGAGAGGUGGGGCCAUGGGAACCCCAAGGUGUUCAGCAAGGCCAAGGACAAAGUCCUGCACGAGGAGCUGUCUGUGCUGCUGACCGACGUCCAACAGUACAAGAGGAACCUGGAUGAACACGUCAGCAAGCUCAUCAACAACAAAAGCCGCAUUGCGAACGAGGCAGAUGUCUUCAAGUGGGUGAUCCGGAAGGAGUUCCAGGAGCUGCACAGGUACAUCGAUGAGGAGAAGGCCUCCUUCCUGGAGAGCAUCGAGGGCAAGGCUGCCCAGCUCAUCACUUCCAUUGAGUCCCAGGUCAAGCAGACAUCAGACGCCCUGCAGAGGCUCAAGGAGAUGCAGAGCUCUCUGGAGGCACUCAGCAACGAAAGCCAGCUUGAUUUCAUCCGGGUGAGUGCGCUCGCUUCCAGGUCAGAGCUCCCCAGCCUGCACCCUGGCGAUGGUGUCUUUAGCCCCGUGUCCUUUAAGCCGGGCUUCCACCAGGACGACAUCAAGAUGACUGUGUGGAAGCGCCUGCACCGCCGUGUCCUGCCAGCUCCAGAGACGCUGAAGCUGGACCCGGUGACAGCACAUCCCCUCCUGGAGCUCUUCAAGGGUGACACGGUGGUGCAGUGCGGGCUCCAGCAGCGCCGGGACAGCAACCCCAAGCGUUUUGACUCCAGCAACGGCAUCCUCACCUGCAAGGGCUUCUCCUGCGGCCAGCACUACUGGGAGGUGAUUGUGGGCACCAGGAACCACUGGCGCGUGGGCAUCAUCAAGGGCACGGUCAGCCGCAAAGGGAAGCUCAGCAAGUCUCCUGAGAAUGGCGUCUGGCUCAUCGGCCUGAAGGAAGGGAAGGUCUACGAGGCCUUCAGCACCCCGCGGGCCACCCUGCCGCUGACCACCCGGCCCCAGCGCAUCGGCAUCUACCUGCACUACGAGAAGGGCGAGCUGACCUUCUACACCGCUGACAACCCUGAUGAGCUCAGCCCCAUCUACACCUUCCAGGCGGAGUUCCAGGGCCAGCUCUACCCCAUUGUGGAUCUGUGCUGGCCGGAGCGAGG